CAGCGACGAACUUGUCAGAAGAAACAUGUAAAAAAAUGUAAUAACAAACUAAUCCAGUAGUGUGCUAACAUCCAAGUAAAUUACCAGAAGAGGAAAAUGUUUCCUUGUUUUGCGAUUCAGCAUGGAGGAUUUGUUUUGCGAUUGUUCGCAAAAAGAUACGCGUUGAGCGAACCGGCUGUUAUCGGCAAAACGUUAGAUGCUGCAACCGGUGCUGUGAUGCUGUCCAGCCAUAUCAGAUACAUCUCACGGUAUUAUGGAGUCAGCUGCUAUGGCCACACCAAUACCAUCAACACAGGCACGGAAGUAGUGCGCAGUCACUCGUCAGUGCUUCAGAGCAGUCGACAACGGCCGAAAAGCGUACCAAAUCGUCUAUUUUCCAAAACCUCCGUUAUCAGCAGAAAGAUGGUGGUUAAGCUAACUGAGGAGCAGCGUACGGAGCAGCUGAAGCCACUGUUUGCUUCCGGCUGGACCAUGGUGGAAGGCCGGGACGCCAUCUACAAGGAGUUCCUGUUUGGAGACUUUAACGAAGCAUUCGGUUUUAUGACGAGAGUGGCACUGAAAGCGGAUAAGAUGGAUCACCAUCCAGAGUGGUUCAACGUGUACAAUAAGGUGCAGGUGACGCUCGCUACCCACGAUUGUAGUGGUUUGAGCGAGCGUGAUGUUAAGUUGGCCCAGUUCCUCGACAAGGUUGCUACUGUUACUAAGUAAAACUAUCACAAGAGGCGGCUAGUUGCUGCUACCCAACACGGGGAGGGUGCUAAAGAUUUAUGCAAGAAAGCGGACAUUGAAUUGAAGCAGCAAAACAGAAAACCUUGAAGUGAAAAUCCCACACAGCAAAAUAAAUUCCAUGCUAUCUCAGUACGU